GCCAAUCACAGAGGACACAGACAAUCCAGUGAACCAUUCAAACCUCAAAGCAAAUAUGUGUACCUGAUGUGAAGCAUGGUAAACAUAAUAAGAAAAGGAAGACUUUGUAGUUCGAUUGCUAGAGCAGGGUUUUUGACAAGAAUCAUGGAACUAGAAAGAUAGCAGAGUUGAAAUACUCUAGUUAGUUUUAGAAAAAUGUUAUAUCCAAGGGGCAUUUUCCAUAUAUUAAAUUUUACUAGUUUUCCAUCUGUCAAUCCUAUCAGCCAUGUUAUUAUACAUGAUCAGAAUCGAAACACUGCACCUCACGAAUUCAUCACUGAAUCAUAUGGCAAGGCUGGAGUUAAAGGGCUAUCUGUCCCUUCCCUGGGUCCUAAGGAAGCUGAAGCACAUGAGCGUGAAUUCACUGAAGAACAGCUCAAGGCAGGCAAAAAUGUGAUUGGGCUGCAGAUGGGCUCCAACAAAGGAGCCUCCCAGGCAGGAGACCAUUAUGGCCGUCCAAGGCAGAUUGCAGGAGACACUGCAUAUAACUAACAGACCAGCAGUAACAGACCAGCGGUGACAGACCAUGAAAUGAAACCAUGAAAUUACUCAACACUGAUGGAUAUCAAUAUCUGUUUUUGAUUGGUAGAUAUCAUAACUAACACUUAAAGACCUAUUGAUGGUAACAAUGGAUUUAAAGAACAGGAUAUACACACAAAAUUAUUUUUGUUUAUGUUAAAAAUGCUGCUCGUAGUUUUUAUAACCAAAUCUUUGUGCAAAUGGAUGCAUUUGUGUGUGAAAUAAAUUAAGUCAGUUUUAUCACCAUUUAAUUACAUGGACUGUUUCUGAAAUUAAUUAAAUUAAUGUUAAGUUUGUUCAAAAUGGCAUGUCGCAGGGACGUGUUGUGUGAAAAGGACAAGACUGUACCUGUGCUACCGCUGAAUCACUUUUCAUGUGAACAGCUUGUGAUUUUGUGACAACAUGUCCUUGCGUGCAAGGUUUCCCUUGUGAGUAGCACCAAACUUUAGUGUGGUUGGAUUUGGUUUGAGGGAUAAUUUGUAACGACGCUUAAAUUACCAAGAGCAAUAAAUUGUUUAUGAAAUAACUCA